AAACGUUAAAAAAAGUUGUUUUGUGAACUUUUUUGACAUGUAGGAAAUCGUGAGAAAAUCGUAUUUUAUUCAAAGUAGUGACUACAACCUGUUGGAUUUAAUGUUAUUUUCUUAGUAAUGUGUUAAUUUGAGUUUGUUACAACAUGGCGUUUCUGUGUCCAGUCAGAAUUAGAAGGGGGAAGAAGAAGAAAUCUAGCAGCGGGGACUCAGACAAGGACCUGUCCCGUCCUGGCUCUGGCCUGAGUCCAGGGAUGGGCCGCAUUACAGGCUCGGCCAGUAUAGAGACUCUAGUGAGGGUCGGAAUUGAGAAAGAGCAUGGACUAAGUCCUGAUUCUAAGAUGGUGGUGCUACAUGACUUCACGCCUUGUGUCGAUGAUGAGUUGGAGGUAAAACGCGGCCAGAUUGUUAACGUGUUAUACCGGGAGAACGACUGGGUGUACGUGAUAGUGGCGGAGUCCCGGCGCGAGGGCUUCAUCCCGCACUCGUACUGCGCCCCCUGCGAGCCACACGACCUCAAGAAGAAACUACCUAGAAGUCGCUCACCCACUGAUCUGGCGCAUCGAGACGUUUCACAACUAUCGGUAUCAGACGGGGUGACGAACGACGGGCACUCAGAGCUGGGCAGCGAAGGGGAAGCCUGUCCGUUCAGCAAGGAUCCUUCAGGAAGAUAUGUGGUGCUAUAUACGUUUACUGCGAGAGACGAAAACGACGUUGAUGUAGAACGCGGGGAAUUUGUUACCGUGCUAAACAGAGAGGACCCCGACUGGUACUGGAUAGUGCGGAGUGACGGACAGGAGGGGUUCAUACCUUCCGGCUUCGUCUACCCAGCUGUAGUGCAAGCAAGUCCACAAGACACGACCCAGCCAGUGUUGUCUCCAACAACAACCAACAACACGUCGGCACUCAACAACACCAAGCUGAACAACUCGGCGCCCGCGCAGGACAGCGACGGACGAUACCACGGCACCGAACUAGUCAUGCUAUACGAUUAUAAGGCGCAGGCCCCGGACGACCUGUCGGUGAAGCGCGGCGAGUGGGUGUACGCCGACCUGUCGCAGCAGACGGUGGAGGGCUGGCUGUGGGCGCACGCGCCGCGCGCGCGCCGCUCCGGGUUCAUUCCCACCGCCUACGCGCGCGCGCCGCAUACCACCGCGCUCUGACACACGGAGCUACGGAACUCGCACGUGAUGCAGUAAUCGAUCAUGUUUUUACAAACGAAAUAUUAAUAGAAGUAAGUCACUUCAAAACUAGUAUAUUCAUAUAAUUUGUUGGUCAAGCAAACAGUUAGUUACAAAUGCAACUGCUAAACAAAAGAUUCUUGGGUCGAACAGUGCCAUUGGAGAUUAUUAAGUUUUUUUGAUAAUUCCUCAAUGAAAUCGGCCUGGGUUUUCCUCUGGUGUGGGACAAUAAACCCACCCUUUACUAAAUGGGACUCAUAAGGUCAUAAUUGGUGAAAAUGCAAAUGCAAAUGCGUCUAUCCCUUGGGAAAUUGAAGACGUGCGUGUCUUUGUUAAAACUUAUGCACAGUUCACAUUUGACAAAACAUGAUUGAUUACAGCAGUAUAAAAUGUUAAUGUUAUGUGCCAAGUGUUUGACAAACUUCUGUUUACUUCUAUUUUAACUUUAGACAAUGUUGUACUUAAUUGAUUUAUUGAAUUCAAGACUAUUUCCAAUUCUUCAAUGCGACGAUUAUAAUGCAGGCGUAAUAUUGGUGUAUACGUUUUUAUAUGACAAAAAAAGUAUGAAAGACAAUCAAAUCAAAAAGUGUGAUUAGUUUGUGUUUAAAAGUAAAUAGUAAUUAACUAAAAAUCGCGGGUUACUCACGUGAACAUACUGAGUAAAGCUCUACUAGU